AUGCGGCGAACCCUCACAACGAAGCGCAGCGCACUCGCUGUGCUUGGCCUGGAUGAGCGGGUGUGUUACUCCGAGGCGGAGGUGAAGGCGGCGUAUCGUCGACAAGUCAAAAUUUUGCACCCCGACGCAGGCGGCAGCGCGUCGCGUUUUUGCGAGUUGCAUGACGCGUACUGUUCAUUGUGCGGCGGUCGCAAGUCCACCGACGCGACGUCUGAAACGUGCGAUGGGAGCCCAUUUUACACUAACGCCCAUUCGCAGUGGUGUAGUGGCCGUUACGACGAGGGUAGUUGCGGUGAGGCUUUUGCGCGCGGUGCCUCCCGUAGUAGUGACGGUGAUUUUGGCGUGGGAUGGGACGACGACGGGCGAUACGCAAACCGGUCGACCCGCGACUUUUACCGCCCGUAUACCUCAAACCCCUUUGCUCAUGGCUACACCGACGAGGAAGUUGUAGAGGCGAAACGACGGAAUGGGUGGCGUGUGGCGUGGGUGGUGCUGAAGCACGGACUCCUCUGGGGCGGCCUGGCGUACCUCCUCUUUGUUUGCUGGUGCGAGAACCGCAUACAACGCGCUAUUGAGGCCCGCAAUGGCGGCUACGUGGACCCGGCGUACUGGGAGAAGCUGAAGGGAGACGAGAGGCGUGGGUAUCCCCCGAUGGUGCAACUGCACUGGACGGAUGCGAGCAAUGAGGAGUUUAAGCGGGCGUGGAACAACGGCCUUGAGGCGCAGCGGCGGCGGGGAUCGCCGUUUGGGGGCGGGGGCGGCUACGCAAGCCGUUCGGUGGCGGUGACGUUUCAGGGUCGCCCGUUCACUGCAACGGGUGUUCGCGGCGCUCGCACCGGCGUCUGGAAGACUGCGGCGACGUAUGAGAGCGACGAGCACUGCGAGCUGGACGACGUGGAGAGUGACUGA